UCAAUUCUGCAAGUGGUUCUAAUUUACUAUCACUGUUCUCUAGCUGAUCUAAACCCGCUUUUGACCUAAAGGGACACUUUUUGGACGCCAUGGACAUUUCUCAGUUUCCAGGCAGAAAGAACAGACAAAAUGCAGGCAGGGCACAGGACAAAGCACUAGGGACAAUAUGUAUGUGAAUAUGAAAAAUGUGUUUUGAAAAACAUGACAUUUUUUAAAAUUUUCAAAUUUCCUGCCGCCGGCGGCGCCCGUACGUCCCGACGUCACAGGGACCGGAACACAGAAGCCGGGUGCCGGCAUCGGCCGGAGGAGAUGGCCGGGGACGCUGCAGGGGACACA